AUGGUGAACCUAAAUGGCUGUGGAAAAGUUGACAUAUCUGAUUUUGAUCUGCUAAAAGUAUUGGGUACAGGAGCUUAUGGAAAAGUCUUCUUAGUGCGCAAGCUAAGAGGAAAUGACCGGGGAAAGUUGUAUGCUAUGAAAGUGCUGAAGAAAGCUUCCAUAGUUCAAAAACAGAAGACACUAGAACACGCCAAAACAGAAAGACAAGUUUUGGAAGCCAUUCGUCAGUCACCUUUUCUCGUCACUCUUCACUAUGCUUUUCAGACUGAUGCGAAAUUGCAUCUCAUUCUUGAUUAUGUUAGUGGAGGCGAACUAUUCACACAUUUAUAUCAAAAAGAUCAUUUCACAGAAGACCAAGUCAGAAUAUAUGUUGGUGAAAUCAUUCUUGCCUUAGAACAUUUGCAUCGGCUUGGAAUUAUUUACCGUGACAUCAAGCUUGAAAAUAUUUUGUUGGACUCUGAAGGUCACAUUGUUUUGACAGAUUUCGGUUUAAGUAAAGAAUUCCUACCUCAUGAAACGGACCAAAGAACAUAUUCUUUUUGUGGAACGAUCGAGUACAUGGCACCUGAAGUCAUUAAAGGGGGAAGCACUGGCCAUGAUUUUUGUGUUGACUGGUGGAGUGUAGGUGUUUUAACAUAUGAGCUUCUAACUGGUGCUUCACCAUUUACUGUGGAAGGUGAAAAAAAUACUCAGAGUGAAAUUUCCAAGAGAAUAUUAAGGGGCCUUCCUCCGAUACCAGAGAAUUUAUCUCCUGAAGUGAAGGAUUUUAUUCGAAGGUUACUUGUAAAAGAUCCCAAGAAAAGAUUAGGAGGUGGUCUCUCAGACAGUGAGGAACUGAAACAGCACAAGUUUUUUAAAACUCUAAACUGGGAUGACCUAUCUCAGAAGAAAAUUCAAGCCCCUAUAAUUCCUGCAAUCACUAGUGAAUUGGAUACAAGUAAUUUUGCCGAUGAAUUUACCUCUAUGAUACCAGCUUACUCACCAGCUGCGGUGCCACCGAACAAUGAAAAACUAUUUAAGAAUUAUUCCUUUGUUGCUCCAUCUGUUCUAUUCACUGAAAAUGUUAUUAGUGAAGAUAUUUUUGGAUGCUAUCAUGAAAGCAAACCAGACACACCUCAGCUGCUGGCAGCAAAAUUUAAGAACUCUGCUUUUUUCCAAAACUAUGAUCUGAUUAUGAAAGAAGGAUUUCUGGGCGAUGGUAGUUUUUCAGUCUGUAGAAAAUGCAUAAGCAAGAAAACUGGUGUAGAGUAUGCAGUGAAAAUCGUGAGCAGACGCCUCGAUAGUACGAGAGAAAUCCAGCUCUUAAAAGUUUGCCAAGGUCAUCCAAACAUUGUAAACUUGCAUGAAGUUUAUCAUGAUGAGCUUCACACGUACAUAGUACUGGAAUUGCUCAAAGGCGGUGAACUUCUGGAGCGAAUACGAAAAAAAGAUCGCUUUACAGAGAAAGAAGCAGUUCGGAUUUUUCGUCAUCUAGUGUCUGCUGUCAAUUUCAUGCAUUCUCAUGGUGUUGUGCAUAGAGAUCUCAAACCUGAAAAUUUAUUGUUUGUGGACUCGGCAGAAAAUUCUGUUGUAAAGAUCGUGGAUUUUGGUUUUGCCAGACUGAUGCCUACUGAAAAUCAAAAGAUGAAUUCACCUUGUUUCACGCUACAAUAUGCUGCACCAGAAGUUUUAAAACAACAAUUAGUUCUUUCUGGAGCCAAUAGUGGUUACAGUGAAGCUUGUGAUUUGUGGAGUUUGGGUGUCAUAAUGUAUACUAUGCUGUCUGGCAAGACUCCUUUUCAGACAUACAGUCGAGAAGCAAGUGUGGCUACAAUAAUGCAACGAAUUAGAGAAGGUGAAUUUUCUUUUACUGGACCUCAAUGGGAUAUUGUUUCCAGUGAAGCGAAGGAAGUCAUCAGAGGCCUCCUAACAGUUGACCCUUUGCAACGACUGACGAUGCAGCAGCUGAGGCUACAUCCUUGGGUCCAUCCUUCGAAUCACAACGUAUAUUCCAACACUCCCCUAAUGACUCCUGAUGUCUUGAGUUCCUUAACCACCCCCAGAGCCGCAGAAGCUGCUGUCAACUUCACGAUGGAUGUCUUUCACAAGGUCACGAGGGAUGGCUUCUGCCUACAAGACGUUUCGGCCGCUCCACUCGCUCAACGCAGGAAACUGAAAAAGAGCUCAACUGAUGCCGGCAGCAGCAGCUCUCUCAGUAGUGAUAUAUCAUCCAGCAGGACUUCAUAUUCUUGUUUUUCGUGUUCCGAAAAGGAUGGCUCUGUGAAAAACUUAAAGGGUAAACAUUCCGUUUUUGACUAUUCCGAAGAAAGAGUCACGGAUUACCUAUCUACUCUCCCUGAUAUUUCUAAGACAGUUCCACUGCAAGGUUCAGUGACGUGGCCUAAUGAAGAGAAGGCAAGCAUCAUACCCUUCGAUGAAAACACAUUUGUUCAUCACAGGCCGACUACUCGUUCCUACAAACGGAAGCAAGAUGUUUCUGCCGUUAGUCCAGAAAGUAGUGAUGAUUGCAUUGUCAUCGGUGAAGUUUCUGCUACGAAACACAACUCUAGAAAAGUUAAAAAAAGCCAAGUUCAUUUCUGGUUGUUGACAAAGCGUUGAUGUAAAUAGUGGUUCCUGUUUUCCGUUGAAUCACCGAAUGAGAGCUUGUUUUCUUUGCUAAUCUCUCCUUUUGUGGUUGAUGAGAGUACUUUUCAUUAAUUUAUUAUUUAAAUGCACUAGUAUUAAAACUAUCUGUUGGAAUUGUCAUCGAAAAGAAAGUGACUAAAAUAUGUCACGUUGAAUGAAGGAGAAGACGUAAUAAGUCUUCAUCGUCUCGUCAAAAAACUUUUUAUAAGCGGUUAUUUAUCCUGACAUUCUCCAGAAUUUUAUUGGGAUCUUCUAUUUUUUCAAAUAUACUAUUGAUGAUAAAACUUUAAAUUUUUUAAUCAUCUUUCAACUGCAUAUGUCUUUCAAAAGUUUUAUUUUAUAGUGCAAAAAGUGAUGAAAUGAAAAUGUUUUCCAUGGAAGCAAGUGCCUGCAAAAAUAUUUUUCCAACAAAGUUAUCAUUGAAAUGCAAUAAGUUUCAAAACAUAUUAGUGAACAAAAAAGUAUGCAUACGUACAUAACUUCAUUGAAAACUGGCAAAAUAUCAAUUGGUUGUGCUUGCCUUGAAUGUAUAAAAUUCCUAUUUGGCAGUAGAAGUUAUAUGUUGACUUAAUGUGUACAGUUUUUUGUCAUUGUAUAUAAUAUAGUGAAGUACUUUCAUUGUUUAAAUUUUUCUGUUGAGUAAAAAAAAAAAUGAAAUUAUAGAUUACAGAAUGUGUGUGAAAUAUGAAACAAAGGCUUCAUUUUCAUUAAAAAAAAUUAGCAUGUUUAAUUUAAAUCUCAGUGAUUGAAGUGCUCUUACUACCUUCAUGCCUACAACCUAUGUAUUCUUUACAUAUCAUUAUAUUUUUACACUGGCAGAAAAAAAAAAGCAUUCUAUCUACCUCAGUCUUUUUUCUUUAACCAAAAUUCUUUUUUUUUUUUUAAAUAGUUUUGAAGUAAUGGACUUGUUAAAUUGAAAAUAUAUUGAGUGAAAUUUUGGUAACUUAUAUUGGUUACACAAUAAUUUGAGAGCUUUUUUGAUUAAGUUGUUGAUAUAAAUGUAAAAUCAUUUGAGGUGAAAUUUGCAGUUUACCAU